GAGCGGACGAGCGGGCGCGGGGAUCGCGGGCUGCCGAACGGCCGCCGCAGAUAUAAAGACCUGAAGUAGCCUUUCUGAUCUAAAGAUGGAAAACAGCACCACCACCAUUUCUCGAGAGGAGCUUGAGGAGCUACAAGAAGCAUUUAAUAAAAUAGACAUUGACAACAGUGGCUAUGUCAGCGACUAUGAACUUCAGGACUUGUUUAAGGAGGCAAGUCUUCCUCUUCCUGGGUACAAGGUGCGCGAGAUUGUGGAGAAAAUUUUAGUGGUUGCCGACAACAACAAAGAUGGCAAGAUCAGUUUUGAAGAAUUUGUGUCCCUAAUGCAAGAGUUAAAAAGCAAAGAUAUCAGCAAAACGUUCCGAAAAAUAAUUAACAAGAGGGAAGGGAUUACUGCUAUCGGGGGCACGUCAUCCAUUUCCAGCGAGGGUACCCAGCAUUCCUACUCAGAGGAAGAAAAAGUAGCUUUUGUGAACUGGAUAAACAAAGCUCUAGAGAAUGACCCAGACUGUAACCAUCUUCUGCCCAUGAACCCCAACGAUGGCAGCCUUUUCAAAUCGCUUGCAGAUGGCAUCCUUCUUUGCAAAAUGAUCAACUUAUCUGAACCUGAUACGAUUGAUGAAAGAGCCAUCAAUAAGAAGAAGCUCACUCCAUUCACAGUUUCUGAAAAUCUGAACCUAGCCCUGAAUUCUGCCUCGGCCAUUGGCUGUACUGUGGUCAACAUUGGUGCACAGGACCUCAAAGAGGGGAAGCCUCACUUGGUCUUGGGGCUGCUCUGGCAGAUCAUCAAGGUCGGUCUUUUUGCUGAUAUCGAGAUUUCUAGGAAUGAAGCCUUGAUUGCAUUGCUAAGUGAAGGGGAGGAGCUAGAGGAGCUGAUGAAGCUUACUCCUGAGGAGUUGCUGCUGCGCUGGGUGAACUACCAUCUGACCAACGCAGGGUGGCGCACCAUCAACAACUUCAGCCAGGACAUUAAGGACUCAAAAGCCUAUUUUCAUCUGCUUAAUCAGAUUGCUCCUAAAGGUGACCGAGAUGGUGAACCUGCCAUUGCCAUUGAUCUAUCAGGAUUUAAUGAGAAAAACGACCUGAAGCGUGCUGGAUUCAUGCUUCAGGAAGCAGAUAAGCUUGGCUGCAGGCAGUUUGUUACUCCUGCAGAUGUGGUUUCAGGAAACCCCAAGCUAAAUCUAGCCUUUGUAGCGAAUCUCUUUAACACAUACCCAUGCCUACACAAGCCUGAGAAUAAUGACAUUGAUAUCAAUUUAUUGGAAGGAGAGAGUAAGGAAGAGAGGACGUUUCGGAACUGGAUGAAUUCACUGGGGGUCAACCCAUACAUCAACCAUCUGUACAGUGACCUCGCUGAUGCACUGGUGAUCUUUCAGCUCUAUGAGAUGAUCCGAGUGCCGGUCAACUGGAGCCGUGUCAACAAGCCUCCUUACCCUGCUCUCGGAGGCAACAUGAAGAAGAUCGAGAACUGUAACUAUGCAGUAGAGCUGGGGAAGAACGAGGCCAAAUUCUCUCUGGUUGGCAUUGCUGGGCAGGACUUAAAUGAGGGGAAUGCAACGCUGACCCUGGCACUGGUGUGGCAGCUGAUGAGAAGAUACACACUGAAGGUGUUAUCAGAUCUGGGAGAAGGUGAAAAAGUCAGUGAUGAGAUUAUUAUUAAAUGGGUCAAUCAGACUCUCAAAAGUGUAAACAAAAGCACUUCUAUUUCCAGCUUCAAGGAUAAAUCUAUUAGUACAAGUUUGCCUGUCUUAGAUUUAAUAGAUGCCAUUGCACCAAAUGCGGUUCGUCAGGAAAUGGUCAAGAGAGAAAACCUUACUGAUGAAGACAAACUGAACAAUGCUAAGUAUGCCAUUUCAGUUGCUCGGAAGAUUGGUGCCCGGAUCUAUGCGCUACCUGAUGACCUCGUAGAUGUCAAACCAAAGAUGGUUAUGACAGUGUUUGCCUGCUUAAUGGGAAAAGGACUGAACAGAAUCAAAUGAUGGAACAUCUCCUAUGAUCUGCCACAUUAAACACAUCAAAUGUCUCAGUUUACAGAAUUUUGAAAUGUAGUGGGUAUAAAAUCAGAGUGUCUAUGCUCAAAAUAGUUCUGUAUUCAGAAAUGAAUAAUAUCCUGUCCAUACUAGUUAGAAUUUGUCAACUUUUUUGGAUAACACAAUUACUUUAACAAUCAAUACCAAUACAGGAAUAUCAAGCUGCUAUUUCAUAAUUGAAUUAUUUUAUUUCCUAAAAGUCUUACCAAAGGAAGACUAAUCAUUCUUUUUCAUAGUGUGAAAAAGACCUGUAUAAAGUUUUGUCAGGUCCUGCUAUUAAAUGUGUUUGGAUUUUUUUGAAGUGUUAUUUAAUUUUGAUCACAAAUAUACCUAAAGUCAUAAUCAAACUUAAUCCUCUCGUUUUUUUCCCCUAUGUAAUGUGUUCUAAAACAAUAACCUUUCUGUAAAUUUCUAUCUCGUGUAAAAAUUUAAAGGGAUAAGUAUUGUUCAUCAACAUUAAACUUUUAAUUUGAAAACUAAUUCUUGCAUAAGCUGUAGGAACUUUUAAAGUUUGAUUGUAACUGCUUUGCUAUUUCACAUGUCCUUGGUUUGAUAAUAUAGCUUUAUUUCUGACAUGUAGCAUAAUACUAAAUGUUGGUAAGAUGUUACAUGUAUGUAUUUCCCUAAAGCAUCUGAAUUACCAAGAUUUUCUUAAAUGGUAUGUAUUAAGUGGUCAGCUAGCCAUUAAGUAUUUAUUUUGCUCCUACAAUGUGUGUGACACCUUUUAGCUUGUGGAUAUUGGAUAUGUGAAGAUAUCUUUUACAAAUAUUAAUUAUGAACGUGCAUAUAGUUAUUUUCACCUAAUUCCUUUCAAAGUACUUGCAGCCAAACACUGGGUAGAACAUCUCAACGGACAUUGAUACAGUCCUGUUAGCAUCACAUUAUACUUACUAAUUUCAUUACUAGUUGUAAUGAUGCCUACAGAAUUAGAAUAUGUCCACCAAAUAACUUUAGUAGGAUGCCUAUAAAAGCUAAUGUCCAUCAUAGUUUCAUAUUUUUCACAGGCCUGUGUAAACUGGAAAUAUUUAAGGGUUGCCUUCCUUAGGAAGAGUUAAAACUUGAAACCUCUUUUCCUCAGAAUUUUUAGCAGUAGAGAAAUUCUAUGGCUCAUAGUUGAAGCUGGAAAUAUGUUCCCAUCUCCCACUUUAGUGCCAGUGAGCAAUCCUACUAUGCAACGAAAGUGCUGCACUCAUCUCUGUGUGAAUGAGUUGUCUCCAUCCUCCUCUUCCACUGAUCAAAACAGACUAUGUUAAGAGGAAGAGUGUCUCUGUGUUUAGGGUAGACUUUUUUGUAAUGAAAUACUAACAGGUGGAGUUCUUAAAAUAUAUUCUUCUACAGGAGAUUUCUUUGCCUUUUAUAUUUUGAUGAUUGUUUUCUUAUAUGAAGAUGUAAGUAUGCUUUUGCUCUUUUUCUGAGAUUAUUUAAAUCACGCUUCUUUGAUUUUUUUCACCAUAAUAUUUACUAAGAUAAUCUGA